AUGCUUAUUAAUAUAUUGUGGAUUGGUAUAAGAUGUUUAAUCUAUGUGAAAUUUCACUUCAAGGAGGAACUUGUUGAUGGAAGUUCUAAUGGCAACUUUGUGCUUGAGUUGGACUUUGAACCAUUUAAUGCAUCGUUUCCUCGCCCAACCCUGAACAAGUCAAUUGGGAAUGGUGUGGAAUUCCUCAAUCGCCACCUUUCUACUAAACUCUUCCAUGACAAGGAGAGCUUGCAUCCACUUCUGGAAUCUCUCAGACUUCACAACUACAAUGGAAAGACUUUGAUGUUGAAUGACAGGAUUCAAACUCCGAAUGCUCUCCAACAUGUUCUGAGGAAAGCUGAAGAGUUCUUAGGCACACUUCACCCCAUGGUUACUUUGCUCAAGACAAUGUCUUGGGAUACCCUGAUACCGGUGGCCAUGUUGUUUUAG